AUGGGUAUACGGAAAAUUUUCGACGGAUUCAUAUCUAGUGCCGCGGUGACGCAUCUCGAUCUAGAAGACAACGAAAUAGAAGAAAGUUCCUUUCAGGCAUUCGAAAAACUUCCAAACUUAAGAUACCUAAAUUUGGCAGGGAACAAGCUAAAUCUACCAACUUUCUUGGAAUCUGGUAUUCACGAGUAUCUUGACACUCUUAUUUUGGAUCGAAUGCAAUUUCUUCAAACGCCAAAUUAUUAUUAUGAAGCCAAUCCUGAUAUAUACUUUAAUUCUUUCUCUAUUGGAACCAAAUUUCCAAAACUCAGUCAUCUACAUCUCCAAGAUCUUCAGUUAGGAAGUAUUUCUUCAUCGAAUUGGACACAAAUUUUGCCAAGUCUGACUCACUUAUAUUUUUCAGGUAACAAUUUAAAGCAUAUAGUGGAUCAAUUCCUGUUAGAAAUUCCACCGUCUGUAAGGCAUUUGUAUCUUGAGAGAAGUGAAAUAGAGACGAUUAUAGAUUUCAAAGAUGAUGAAGGUUUUAUAUUAGCGAGCAAAACGGAUUCUUUAAUUACUCUUUCUUUGGACGGAAAUAAAAUUAAUUGUUUGGGAUUGAUAUGGCCAUCCUGGAUGUACGAUGACACAUAUCACCCGUUGCAUGAAGAUUGUCAUAUAACAGAAUUAGAACUAGCUCUAGAGGAGAAUUUGAGAAUAGCUUCUUUCAACUGCGAGCUAAUUUUUUCUUUAAUUUUAGUAAUGUCUUAUUUUUUAUCUUUACUUCCUAAAGAGGAGAAAAUUUGUUUCUCUCGAAACGUCGACAAUGGCCUUUUUGGUCAAAAGGCCUUUUUCUAG